AGGAGGCGGGAGGAGAGGAGAGAGAGAUUGGGAUAUUGGGGGGGAUUGAGAGAGAGAGUGUGGGGGAGUAGUGGCCCCCCUGAGAGGUAUAUUUCAGGCAAUAAUAGUCACCGAGGGUCAGACAGCUACAGAGAUGUGACUUGGACAUAGAACAUACAAGUCAUAUAUACAUUGUCAUAGAGCUGCUGUGGGGAUGACGUUUCAAGGACUCCGCUUCUUACUCUCGCUCUCUGUGAUCUUGGAGCUGAUCUAUCGGCCAGGAUCUUCUCAGUUGGUCAGCAGCUUCAAAUGCUGUGGAAGCAUAAAACCAUGGAAUGAAUCUUAUUUUCCAUCUUUAGUGGAGAAAGCAUCAUAUACUGUUUGCCGCACCAACAUCAUUGAAUUUACAUUACCAAGAAGAAAUAUUUGUUUUGAUCAGUCGAUGAACAAAAGGGUGCUGGAUGUUAUCAGCUGCAUUAAUAGAGGAAGACAAGAAUGUCUAGGGAAACCCACGACUUCCACUGUUUCUUCCACAAGAUCUGCACCCAACAAUGAUGCCUCCACACAGAGACGGACGAUUGACAAACACGCGCCCACCCAGGCUCCAGUACCGGAUGUACCCAACUCAAACCAGAACGGCAGUGAGCACCUGAACGAUCCCAAUGCUGACCUAAGUGCCCAUAAGCUACAACCAGGAGACUGGGUGGUAAUAAAGAAGCACAUGAGAAAGGCUCUUGAACCUCGGUAUGAGGGACCAUUCCAAGUCUUGCUGACCACUCCAAUCUUAGUGAUGGUCAAUGGAAAAGAUACCUGGAUACACGUAUCCCACUGCAAGAACUUCACACAAGGGGAGUUGGAGCUUAAUUAAUAUUAUUUAUAAAAGCAGUUUAAUAGACCUAAAGCCUUCCAAAUACCUAUAGGUGGGCAUUAUAGGUUCUGCUGUAUAUGCAGUUAUGCUCAGUGCUAGUUGUGUGCAUCAGCAUUUCUCUAACAUAGUAUUAGAAGCCUCAGCAUGAUAGCAUCUCUUCAUAUCUUUAGUAAUAGAGUGUAUAGUCCAGUGUAGGACAUUGCUAAAGAGACUAUGACAAUGACAUUGCAAAAGGACUCAACAAAGAAGACAAUGGACUUUGAAAGUAAAUUAGGGAGAGAGGCACCAUUGGCUAUUUGGGGCAAAUGAGGAUCCUUAUUUAUCUGCAGGCAGGUAGAUACAUGAAGUAACAUCUUCCCAAUAGCUGGGGACACUAUUAGGUAGUGGACAGUUAGGGAUAGUAAAGUUUCAUUUGACUAAAAAGAAGGGACUUUUAGAUAAAAAAUGACCACAUCAACCAUUUUGUGCUAUGUCCUUAUGCUUAAAAUUUGAGAUGACAUAUAUCAUGGUCAUCUCUUGGUUAUUCAAAUGUAAAAAAGGUCUUUGUCUAAAAGAAACAAGAUUACAUUUUUAGUCAGCAUUAUUUGAGCUUACAUACUGUGCUCAUUUGUAAUUAUCCAGAUAUGAAGAACAGGCCUUUAAUUAAAAGAAACAAGCUAGACAGCUAAAGAUAACAAACAGAACUAUGUUUCAAUCAGAUGUAUAGCGAGACAGGAGUCUCAGGAUGAGUCCGAUUAUACCAGAUGCAAAGUUCUAACACUUUCUACAAUAUGUCUACACUUCAAGGACAUACAUUCCUUUAAGAUAAGUAGAAGUCAUUAAUAUAAGUAUUUUACGUAUAGCAAUACUGCCCUCUUCUGACUAUUAUGUUUAAAGUUACUAAUGAGUGUAAUGCAAAUUCAAAUUGUAUUCAGAGAUAAUCUAAUGUUGGACAUGCUCAGUUAUUUGUUUAUUUGUAAUAUUGCUAAUUGAAGCUGUUAUAAAAGGAAUUGUGUCUAAUAAAACAAAGAAACUUUAGAUACGCAA